CCCCCCCCUUCGAGUGGAUUGGUAGGUCCGAAAGGAUUCAGAAGACGCUGAUGUUGUUUGCAUGAUGAGAGCCGGGUAUAUUGUUUGGGGGCAGUUAGGCAGACAAGGCGAGGGUUACUAAAAGAAGCGUGCUUUUAAAAAUGCACCGUAAACUGUGUCGAAAAACUGCAGUAGCAACCGCGUGAUACCCGUGCUGGUUUGAAAGGAAAGCCUUUGAAGGUUGAACUGAACGCGUAUGCCAUAAAUGCAACCCCGGGAGCUGCAAAAUUGCACCGUCUUUUUAUUUUUUUUUUAUAUUGUAUUUAUAUUUCUUGGAAAGGAAGCCGUCGCUGUGUUAGAAAAAUGUAAGGCGGUGGACUGAUCGUGUGCAUUCAAAGAGCAAAUCUGGAUCCGGAAUGGUGUCUCAAUGCCCCAAUGGGUUCAGCACUGCACGAAGAUUGUACGUGCAAUGAGUCUGUCCGAAGUGGGAGGUAAUUUGCCAUAUUCAGUAAAACAGAAGUUAUGGGCAAGGAGUACAGAUAAUCUUGACAGCACGGGGGACCCCCUCUCUCGCUCCGUGGGGACAGUUGCCACCGUUAAAGGGAAAAUGAGCAAAAGAUUCUCUGUUGUGAAAGGACACUUCCCCAAACUGAUAGACUGUGCCCACUUCCACUACGAGAAUGUGGAUUUCGGGCCUAUCCAGUUGCAGUUUGCAAACGAUCCAAGCAAUGACUGUUGGACCUUGUCUCCUGCUAAGGACGCUGUCUUUCUGGUGCAGGUCUCCUGCCAGGGAAAGACCUGGCUGGUCAGGAGAACCUACGAGGAGUUCCGAACAUUGGACACCCACCUCCACCAAUGUAUUUACGAUCGCAGGUACUCCCAGCUUGAGCAAUUGCCUCCUAUUGAAGACGUUGAUGUUCCACGGCUCUCUGAGUAUCUUGGACGUCUCUCCAUGAUUGUGGACAAUAAACUAAAUUGUGGACCAGUGCUUACGUGGAUGGAGAUUGACAACAGAGGGAACCAAUUCCUGCUGAAAGAAGAGGCUUCCCUCAACGUCCCUGCCAUUGGCGCUGCGCACGUCACCAAGAGAUACACAGCUCAAGCGAGCGAUGAGAUCUCCAUUGAGGUUGGAGAUAUCUUAUCUGUGAUUGACAUGCCACCGAAGGAGGAAACGAGCUGGUGGCGAGGGAAACACGGCUUUCAGGUUGGGUUCUUCCCAAGUGAGUGUGUGGAGCUGAUCAAUGAGAGACUGUCCCAGUCUGUCUCUGCUCCGGUCCCUAAACAAGAUUCGGACAACUGCAGCUCGAAGGCAGGAAUUGUUAGUGUCCCAGGACGGAACAUCCCUUCUUCAGUUUCUAAGAAGCAUGGAAAGCUGAUGGGUUUCCUUAGAACAUUCAUGAAAUCGCGGCCUAGUAAACAGAAGCUGAAGCAGAGAGGGAUUCUGAAGGAGCGGGUGUUUGGCUGUGACCUGGGAGAGCACUUGCUAAACUCUGGCUGUGAAGUCCCACAGGUUCUGAGUUGCUGUUCAGAGUUUAUCGAGAAACAUGGGGUCGUGGACGGGAUUUAUAGACACUCUGGAGUCUCCUCAAAUAUUCAGAAGUUACGCCACGAGUUUGACAGUGAAAUCAUCCCUGAUCUGACUGGUGAACUCUACAUGCAGGAUAUCCACUGUGUGGGAUCCCUGUGCAAGCUCUACUUCCGGGAGCUCCCUAACCCCUUGCUCACCUACCAGCUCUAUGACAAAUUCGCAGACUGCAUGACUGUUAUGAGUGAAGAGGAGAGACUGGUUAAAGUCCACGAUGUUGUUCAGCAGCUACCACCACCACACUAUCGGACUCUUGAGUUCCUGAUGAGGCACUUGUCCCAACUGGCAACACGUAGCAAAGAAACCAACAUGCACGUUAAGAACCUCGCCAUCGUCUGGGCACCGAACCUGCUGCGUUGCAAGGAGAUUGAGUGCGUCGGGCUGAGUGGGACAGAUGCGUUCAAGGAGGUUCGCAUUCAGUCUGUGGUGGUUGAGUUUCUUCUGAAUCACGUGGAUAUUCUCUUCAGCGAUUCCUUUACCUCAGUGGGAAAAUCCUGUGCAGGACUCUGUUCGUUGACUAGGCCCAAGUCCUUUGUGGUCUCCUCUCUGUCCACCCGACUGCUGUCUCUGGAAGAGGCUCAAGCCAGGACCCAGGCCCACCUUCUCUACUCUGCACAGGCCGGCCUUCUCUCGCUGCAGGCAGAUCCGAUGACUUUCCAAGGGAAAUACCACACUGUUAUAGACAUACCUGCAGAAAGGAGGAAGAGUAGUACGAAGAUGAGAAAAUCGGCAGGCGGGAGCUGGAGAGCUUUCUUUGCCAUCGGUAAACCGCCAGGAUCUCAGCGGAGGAAGUCUGCGCGAGUUGGAUCACUGUUCCAGGCUUCACAGGCUGAAAGGGGAACGCGGAUAGAAACCGUGACACUCCGGUCUGCAAAGAGUGAAGAGUCUCUUUGUUCUCAACACAGUGGGGCUGGCCUCUUCAGGCAUCAGUGUCUACGUCGACCUCAGUCCAGCAGUGAUGCCCUCUCCAUUACUAUGGAAACAGAACUUCUGUCCACCCUGAAGCGCUGCCGCUCCUACGACAGCGUUCAGGCCGAGGACCCCGAGGGCGUUUACAUGCUGCCUGACUUUUCCCACGAGGCCUCACUAUGGCUAGCAGAGGACGAGAUGGACUUCAGCCCUACUUAUUUAGAGGAGGCUGGCCUGGAAUUGGAACCCCUGACCUUCCGUUGCGGCCCACAGCGGCUUGUCACUGAAGACCCCGACUCCCUGAUGAACCAGUCAGAAGUUCCUUUGAGGAAAAGCUUUGUUAAUCAGCCUCCUCGGCGAGUUCAGUCCUGCUGCCAGCAGCUCAAGACUUCAGCCGUAACGAACCCCUUGACCCAGACUUCAGAGAUCGCCAGCCCUGCUUCUGAGAAGCUCAGCAAAUCAACAUCUUUUACCAGGAAGAUGGUUCACGCCCUUUCCCCUAAAGGCAACAAGUCCCCACCGAUGGAUAUCUCAGAGCCAAUCUCCAUCACAGUGCCUGCUAAAGUCCUAGAGAUGAUUGGUGGAAGGGCUGGAGAGUUUCAAAGCGCAAGUGGAGCUCAGAACUUUGCUACUGCUGCUGGCCAACCCCCUCAGAUGAUCUCUAUGCUGUUGAGGUCAUGUGAUAUUCAGCUCACCAAGAACUGCAAACAGGAAAUCAGGAGUAAGCUGUCCUUCACAGAGUCAAAGGUCAAGGGCCACUCGGUCCCCAGUUUCCAGUUAUCAGAACACUCCAGUGUGAUGGAUCAUUCACAGCUUCAAGCAGGCUUUUUGAUGGCAGCCGCCCCUCUGCCUUCCCAGGUGCCUCCUCCACCUCCUCCAAAAAACCCUGCCCGGCUGAUGGCCCUGGCCCUGGCAGAGAGUGCCAACAAGGCUCUGAAGCAGAGCCAGCGAGAGCCCCGCCCAGAAGGAGGAGAUGGGGGAGGGGCUUCCUUGGAGGCGCAUUUCAUGAGGUCUCUGUCGGUGGACUCCAACGAAGGCCUCUCUUCGGUGGCCAGCCCUUUGUACUCCACCGUGCGGUCUUUGUCUGUGUGGAAGCCUGAGCGAGGGCCCCAGCUACAGAGUGAGAAAGGAGACUCUGACGGACAGAAUCAUAUCGGGAGCCAGCCACAGGAAUCUGGUACCUUUUCAUCCCGGACCUCUCUCUCAGAGUCUGGAGCAUCCACUUGUAGUUCCUCUGCCGAAAGGGAUUCACCCUACAAACCUCCAGAGCCCAAGGUUCCUUUGGUUACAGCUUGCGCUGCUUGCCAGCCACAAGACAAGCCCUUGAGCUUAUCUAAUCAAGCUGCUGCUUCUGUACCAGAGUUGAAUGCUGAAAACCCGCUUCCCAGCAAGAAGCCACCAGCCUAUACGAGACAGUUUUCUGCCCCCCAUCUUCAGCAUAAGCACCCUUCCCCUCCCACCAAGCACGCAAGCCACCACCACCCACAAUUCCAUCACUCGAAAUGCAAGAGCUCUCCUGCCAUUCACAACUCCUCUCACCUAAGAGCCUUCCAGCCAGCCAGGCCAAAAGUGCCCCAGAAGCCUCCAGAACUGAACGCUGGGGUUCCACUGCAUCGUAAUGAGAGCUACUCCCGGCGAUCUCAAGACCAGGCAAGGCCCAGAAUGCUUCUCGCGUCACAGUCCACGCCUCCGUUUUCCAGGAAUGAUUCGGAAGGAGUUUGCUAUGUGGAUCCUAAAUCCCAGAGUCAUUUGGAUCAAUCUAGGGGAUUUGCCACUUCCUCCGUUCAGGUCUACCACAAUAGAUCUAGCAGUAACCCCCAGGUAUUCGCUGGGAGGUCAGAGGACCAAGUCAAGCACGAAAACUUUUACUAUGAGAUUGCGCCAGAGCCCUCCUUUGUACAGAUCCCUCAAUACAAUUAUCAGAAUGUUGGAAACCAGGUGGUGAUUGAAGGAGUUCCCUACUGCCUUCCCAGGCCUGGGUUUGAGCAUGCCAUUGUGGACAGGCAUUUGAGGAGCCAUGACAUUUCAGUUAGACCUCAUCUUUGGACUGGUAUCUCGCAGAACCUGAACCCUGCCGUGGAUCGAUCCUUAGCAAUGCAGGGCAAUGCUGCUGGUUACACACAAGUAGCAGGUAUUCCCUACUCUGCAGUGGUCCAGGAAAGCCCUCUGCACCAGCCCCCUGCACCCUUUAGAAUGGUUCCUGUCUCUCAGACAGAGGUGGCUCCUAAUCAGGGGACCUCCACCCACCAGAGAAACCUCUACAGGACCCAGCGAUCCCCUUCUGCAGAUCUCUCAGCCUCACAGCUACACCCCUACUUUGAAAAUGGGAAAGUCUGUUACAGGUACCUUGAAGAAGGGGCCGCCCAUGAAGGUGAGACCACGGUCCUUCAAGAUUACCGACCUCAGGCUGCUGUGUCCCCAAAGCCUCCCAGACUUCAAGAGCAACCAGAGCCAAUAUAUGUCAAUUUUCCUUUCAACCCAGGCAAAGCCUGGACAUCAACCGACUUAGAUGGAGACCAACAUUCAGAGCUGCCCCCAGCUGGGAGCUCCAAUGAUAAAUCUGGUACAGAGCCUCCUUCAGUCUUCGAAGAGAAUAUCGCAAGUCAGGAAUCUUCAUCUGACCCCUGGCAGAGGGCUGGCAGUUCAGUGGCAUCUCGGUACGAUAACGUCUCUCCAUCUCUGGAUCAGAAACCACGAGGUUCAGAAGCGAACCACGUCAGAAGCAAGUCUGAUCCUGGAAACGCCAGCACUGAAAGUCCUGGAGAGUUGCAAAGUCUAGGUCCAGAGGAAAAAGAUCACGUGAACCACCCAACUGAACCUCCUGCGGCUGAAUCUGGAAGAGAUGGAGCUUCAAGGUGUCUUGCGACGCUGUGCGAGAUGCCCUCUCUUCCCCAACAUCAGCAGCAUAGAGCUGGCUUCAAUGUCUAUGCCGCAAGUCCAGUGAGGCCCCAGUGGAAUGGCAAUCCUUUUGCCCCAAGAGUCACCCACACUCGGCGGGAGGAGCCUCUAAGAAGGUCCUCUUCUUCAGGCGGGCACUACCGCCAAGCAUUUGAUGUCAUGCCUUCCGGGGAUCAGGUUCUUAAGUUCUAUAGGGCAGCGCAGGACGCUGCGAACUACCCUCAGCCAAGGAGCUGUGUUUCCUUCGCCCCGAAUCAGUCUCAUGUUAAAUCCAGCUUGUCUUACAGCACCAAGCAACAGGAGCCAAACUUCAGACCUACCUAUUCCAAUCAAGUUUGCAUGGCAUCCGAGGAAUGUGCGGUUCGAACUCCUUUUACCAGCAUGGCGCAGCUUUCAGUGUCCACGACAGCACCUCCAAGAGGGCUCCAACCCCAGCUUGGCUUCAACCCUGGAAUCCUCCGCACUCAGCAAUGUAACACUUACCAGAUUAAUUCCAGUUCUGUGCCGGGACUCCCUCAGUAUGGGAAUGUACCCAGGAGAGAGGGACUGGUCUCCACACUUGAUCUGUCUUUCCGUCCAGUUCUCCGGACACCAGCAGGUGUAGACCGACAGGGCAGUUUACCAGCCCCAAACUGGACUGUCCAUUCAGAAGGACAGACACGGAGCUACUGCUGACUGACUGACUUGUAGAAACUAAGCAAUUUAUUUCUUCAACACUAACUGUUUGGGAGAUGCGUUGUAUAUACUAAUUCACUCGUGAGAGCUGGGGCUUUUUAAUUUUAUUUUUUAAUAGUUCUGGCCCAAUAUUGCAAUAAUCCCCUUCCCACAUGAUAGCCCUUGAGUAAAUUCACUACCAAGGUGUGAUAUAACCAAGACUGUUAACUCUUUUAAUACUGCAGACCAGAAUACAGACCUAGGAAAGAUAACAUCACUCAAAACUGUGGGCUGCGAUAGCAUUGAAUAAAUAGAACUCCACUGAAAAAUAGCACAGUACACUAAUUUAAUAUACCAAUAUGUGUUUUUUUGUGACCAUUUUUAAUUUUUUUAAUAAGUAUAAGACGGUAAAACUCUUUGAUCCCAGGGUAUCAUUUCUAUAGCCGCUUUGUGCCAGAUGAAGCAUCUCGCCACCUGUCAUGAGCACACUAUUUCCCCUAGAAGUCCCUUGUGCUUUUGCGAUUGAAUUUAUUCGUUCUUGGCCCGGAUGAAACUAGUUUUCCUGUAACUUUCCCUGCUCUGUCACUCACUGCUGUUGCAUGUAACGGGAACUCUCCUGCGCUAUACACUGCUGCUCAAACAGCAUGUGGCGAGGGUGGUCCUAUUCCUGGUAACUCAGGAAAUGAACAUCUGGAGAGUACUUCUGUAUAGUGGCCAAACAGGGACUUUACUGGAGUGGAAGGGAACAUUUAAAGUCAAAGAAUAACAUUAAUAAAGAUUUUUUGGGGAUAAAAGUGCUGUAAAGUGUUUUGGAACUAGAUGCAAACCGUUCCAGUUUAAUAUAUGAUAACAUUUCUGCGUGCUGUUUAGACUUGCUCACACAGAACAUGCAACAAUAUGAAAAGGUGCUCUGUUUACCUGCAUUGCACAUAUUCUAUGCAGACUACAGCCUUGUAUUUAUAUCUAUCUAUCUAUCUAUCUGUCUAUCUAUCUAUCUAUCUCUAUCUAUCUAUCUAUCUAUAAGGGACUCAAGGCCAAUUUCCCCAGCUCCUGCUUUUCAAAUUUAUUGUUUUUUCACGGCAAAAGAUGUAAAUAUAACUAUCUGUUUUUAAUAGUAUUGUAAUUAUGUAUGCAACAAGGAAAAGCACACUUUAAAAUUGUAAUGAAAGUUCAUCAUUUCCAACCUGCUUGAUAUUCUGCAGUAAUGGAUUCUACCUUUUUUAGUAUAGUGUCUGUUUUAGUCUAACAUUAAAGAAAGCGGUUUGUGGGUUUUAUACAUGGUUUUAAUAUGACCAUUAAGUGCAAUGGGUUAUGGGAAACGUAGUCCGUUUUAAUCGGCAUCAUGUAAUGGCCGCAUAACAUUCCACUUUGUCAGUAUCUCUUAAUCUGAACAUCUCUCUAUUAGGAUAAGCUCUUUUUAAUAGUGUGUUUUUUUUUUUUAACUGUGUUCCUUUUGGAGGACAAAAAAAGGCAUCUCGCUUCAUUUUGAAAUCUCAUUCCAAUGCUUUUGUUCAGUUUUGCAAAUGGACUUAUUUAAUUUUGUUAUUGGAGAAAACAGUUAACUCUUUCAGCACUACAUGUCUGCCCAGGAGGCCAGGGAAAAAUAACUGCAUUCAAGACACCAGACAUGGACCAGUUAACUGGUGAAGGUACUUCGGGCAGAGAGACUUGGGAAUUGAGUCAGUGUUUUUACUGCAAUACAAUACGGACAGAGCUAUAACGAAGUUGUCAACUCCUCCAUGUUCGUUUUAUACAGUAGUUUGAUGGAUUUUUCUAAACCAUUUAUUUGCGUAAUUAAUUUAUUUAAAAGAUGGAAACUGUAGAGGACAGCGCAUGUCAUUUAUGGUUGACAUUCACGCACAACUGCAGAAGGGACAAUCCUUCCCAGCGCAUACAAAAUAUAUAUAUGCUCUUCCUAAAGUAAUCCAGUUUCUCAGGCGAGGAGACCUGCGUUAUCCAAUGCGUUGUUUCCAUCUGUCUUUGGGACAGAGUUGAAGUUCAGUUCAUUCCUAAUGGCAGAUCCAGUUUGAAUUUGGGUUUAGUUAGCACCAGCUAGUCUCUCAAGUGGAGGGUAAAUCCUAUCUAAUUUUACUAUCCGUGAAAUACAUUUCAGAAUAUUUUGGAAUAAAAUAAUUGUCGCCUAAUAAAAAUUACUAAAACCAUUAAUAUGACAUCAGUUCCCUACAGAAAUAAUAAAGACCCCCCCCCCCUUUUAAAAUAUAUAGUGUAGUGUUCUUUUUGUUUGUUUUUUGGUCAGGAUAGCAUUGCACAUGACGUGAGCAUUAUCAGGGUUUGGAUACUGAUGUUAAAACAUAGUUGAAGUUUUAAUAUAUUGCAGGGAAUGGUUGAUUGUACCUAUGCUGUAUAUAAUACAUGUUUCAGUAUGUGUGAGACGUUAGACCCAGUGUUCACUGCUUGUCUCUUGCAAACCCUUAUCAGCUAUGCAACAGCAUAUAUCGUUGGAGUGUGUGUGUUUGAUUUCUUACCAUUUUCAAAGACCACCACAUUCCAGGUCUCUAGUGAAAUCCAUUGAAUUAGUGAGUGAAUGUGUUAUCCCCUCUCUCUCGGAGGGUAGGUCGCAUUGCCUUGUGCAGUUUGAAGUACAUGGUUGUAGCAAAACAAUUGCAGUAAAUCUAAAAUAAUAUACAAUGCAAUCAUGUUGUAGGAAAUGCAUUUAUUUUUUUUUUAAACAGUAAUUUAUUUGAAUCUGUCGUACUUUUGGGGGAAAAAAUGAUACACAAAGUGAAAGUAAUACAUGCUAGGUGAGCUUUUACUGGAAUUAUUUUGUUGACUAUAUGAGCUUUAAUUGAUUGCUGAUCCUGCUGUUGACAGCCUGUCUUCUCAUUUCUACAUGAUGGUUGCAUUCAUUUGAAAGUUAGUUUUCUAAUAAAAAAAAUAUAUAUAUAAUUUUUUUUUGUAACAAGGAAGAUAGAUUGCAUGACACUGUAUUGUGAAGUGUAUGUGAAAAUUGCAAAAAAAAAAAGUGUGUUUAUAAGAUCUAAUUUAUCAUUUUAACAACAAUAAAGUGACCUGUUCAAUUG